CACAUGGGUGGCCAGUGGAAGUCAAGGAAUUUGGGAUGACCCAACCAGUAUCCGUCGACUCCACUCCACUCGAGUCACCGUGUCGUUCUCUUCUCCCACCUUCCAAGUCCACUUUCCCCGUGCCCGAGUCCACACACCACUCCUCAGUCUUGCCUCCACCACCACCACCACCACCACCACCACCGCACUUAUCCCCUACAUGGCCGUCUACCACCCUGCACGCGGCACAGGCAGGCAAGCCUCCACUACCACCUCAAUGGCUGUCCUCGUCGUCAUCCUCCUCGUCUCCUUCCUCCCGUCCACCGCCCUCGCCGCCUUCUCCCCUGCUUUCUCCUUCUUCCUCGCCUGCGGCGCCACCUCCAAUGUUUCCUUCCCGUCCGACUCCCCAGCCCGCAUCUUCACACCGGACGCCCCGUUAUUGACCUCCUCGCUCGUCCCGGCUGUGGCGAACGCCAACUCCAACCCCGCCUCCCCUCUCUAUGCCGCCGCGCGCGCCUCCAGCUCCGCCUUCUCCUACAGGCUUACUUUCCCCGCCUCCGCCGGGCAGACCGCGUUCCUCGUCCUCCGCCUCCACUUCUUCCCUUUCGCCGCCUCACAAUCCUCCGUGAGCAUCUCGUCCGCGCGCUUCACGGUCUCUGUUCUUGACGAGUACACCGUACUGUCCUCUUUCUCGCCGCCGAGCGCCGGCGCGGUCAAGGAGUUCUUCGUCCCGGCAGGCAGCUCCGAGGACUUCGGCAUCACGUUUACUCCGGACACCGACUCGGCCGCGUUCGUCAACGCCAUCGAGCUGUUCCCGGCUCCAGCGGAGCUGCUGUGGAACCGCACGGUGACGCAGGUGGGCGCGGCGGCGGGCGACAACAUAGUCCUGUGGCAGCAGCAGGCGCUGGAGACGGUGUACCGCCUCAACGUGGGCGGGCCCAAGGUGACCAAGGAGAACGACACGCUAUGGCGGACAUGGCUCCCCGACGACCCCUUCCUCUACGGCCCCGCGGGGCUCUCGGCGGUGAACAAAACGAGCAGCCCAAUCUUCUACGACCCGUCGCUUGGUUACACCAGGGAGGUGGCGCCGGACAUCGUCUACAAGACGCAGCGCACGGCGAACUUGUCGGCGGCCGGCUCCACGGACCUCACACCGGGGAUUUUCAACGUGACAUGGACCUUGCCGGCGGAACCGGGGUCCAACUACCUCGUCCGCCUCCACUUCUGCGACUACGAGCUGCUGAGUUCCGUCGUCGGAGUAGGCAUCGUGUUCAACGUCUUUGUCGGGCAAGCCAUUGCUACCCAAAACCUCACGCCGAAACAACUUGAAACGCAGUCGAACCAGGCAUUGUACAUAGACUACGCGGCCACGGCGCCAAUCGCCGGGAACCUCACCGUCAGCAUUGGUGAAUCUGGCUUUCUGAAUGGACUGGAGAUCAUGAAGCUACGACGCGCCAAUUUGAGCUCGACUGCCGGGUCACGUGCUAGAAGGAAGAGAGUUUUGAUCAUCGCGCUCUCGGCCGUGCUCGGCGCCUCUGUUCUUGCGUGCGCGGUGCUCUGCUUGUUCGUUAUUCUGCGUAGGAGACGGCGGAUCCUGCAGCCCGCGCCGGAGGAGAAGGAGAGCACACUGCCGCCGAGGACGCAGGCUGUCCCCGCCGGCUUGGUUGAGCAACCGAGCUUGUCCGACGAGGGCACGACUGACGCGAUGCAGAGGGUCAGCACGAAGCUCCAUAUCUCGCUGGAGGAGCUCAAGGCGGCCACGGACAACUUCCACGAGCGCAACCUGAUCGGCGUUGGUGGGUUCGGCAACGUCUACCGGGGCGUGCUCCGCGACGGCACGCGCGUCGCGGUGAAGCGCGCCAUGCGCGCGUCGAAGCAGGGGCUCCCGGAGUUCCAGACGGAGAUCGUGGUGUUGUCCCGCAUCCGGCACCGCCACCUCGUGUCGCUCAUCGGCUACUGCAACGAGCAGGCGGAGAUGAUACUCGUGUACGAGUACAUGGAGAAGGGCACGCUGCGGAGCCACCUGUACGGCUCCGAGGAGCCGCCGCUGUCGUGGAAGCAGCGGCUUGAGAUUUGCAUCGGCGCGGCGAGGGGCCUGCACUACCUGCACACCGGCUACUCGGAGAACAUCAUUCACCGCGACGUGAAGUCGACCAACAUCCUCCUCGGCGACGGCUUCAUCGCCAAGGUUGCCGACUUCGGGCUGUCGCGCAUCGGCCCGUCGUUCGGAGAGACGCACGUGAGCACGGCGGUGAAGGGCAGCUUCGGGUACCUGGAUCCAGAGUACUUCAAGACGCAGUACCUGACGGACCGGUCGGACGUGUACUCCUUCGGCGUGGUGCUGUUCGAGGUGCUGUGCGCGCGGCCGGUGAUCGACCAGGGCCUGGAUCGCGACCAGAUCAAUCUCGGCGAGUGGGCCGUGAAGUGGCAGCAGAAGGGGCAGCUGGACAAGAUCGCGGACCAGAGAAUCGUCAGGCAGGUGAACGAGAACUCGCUGCGCAAGUUCGCGGAGACGGCGGCGAAGUGCCUGGCGGACUACGGCCUGGACCGGCCGUCCAUGAGCGACGUGCUGUGGAACCUGGAAUACUGCCUGCAGCUGCAGGAGACGCACGUGAGGCGGGACGCGUUCGAGGACAGCGGCGCCGCGGCCACGCAGUUCCCCGAGGACGUGGUCGUGCCGCGCUGGCCGUCGUCGACCAGCUUCCUGACGAUGGACGAGACGGACGUCACAGACGUGGGCGUCGCCAACAGCAAGGUCUUCUCCCAGCUGAGCAUCGGCGAUGGACGAUGAGCUGCUGCUGCACCGCUUGUGCAAUCCGAGUCACGUACUAUUGCUUUUGUUAGAUUCUCUGAAUCUCCUGAAGGUCACGCAUGUUACAGCAGCCAAAAACUUGAGAAUCGUUCCUGAACAAUGCUUCAAAGUGUUAUCUUCUGUCCCUGCACUCUGCAUCAUGGACACUCUGCUCGUUGAUCUUUUUUUGUGCUUCGCAGCCUGCACGACUGUUCGCAUGGGAACAAAACUUUGGCCUUCUCUUCUUCUCAAGUGGUCACACGCAGCCAAAUAUCGCACAAAGUAACGGGCUAAACAAAGCAGGGCUGCAGAAUUCUCAGAGGGGAACUGAAAGAGACAUGGAUUGAUGCUCUCGUCUUAUCAGUUGAACAUUCUUCGGUUUGGUCAUAAGACUAUAUUAAGAGAUCGUACAACUCGCAUAGAGUAACAAUUAAACAAUGUCUGAAAACUAGACAGAUUACUGGAAUGGAGCCGAGGAGGCCAGGGAAAAGUGUGAAAAGUUGAACGCGGAUCAGGGUUUUGAGAAAAGAAAAAGGAGAAAGAAACUUCCUAUGAUAAUGACGCGCAUGCAUGCACCUGCCAUGGUCCAUGUAAUUGUAUUUUAAGUUCUAAUCAAGCCGUGUCAUCAUGUUUCAUUUAGUAUUCUUCAGAAUCUUUGCUUGUUGUUGUU